AUGAUGGUGCUCAUCGCUAUUGUCAAAAAGCUCGACGGUAAGGAUUGGAACCUUACGCACACCACCGCUUCUGCUGCCAAAGAAAGUGCUUAUGCGGAGCUCGCAAAGGAGAAUCCGGACGCCACCAAAGCCCUGUUCCCUCUUCUUCAAGUGUCUGUCCUAGGCGACGUUUAUGGCGGUGAUUUUUCGGCUCAUCUGGAUAACAAUCUUCUCGGUAUCAAGGGUAUGGAUGACGAAGAGCUCGAUAAUCUGGGGAUGGAUUCCGGCCAAAUACUACGUGAACGAGGAUCGAUCCCCUCACCUCACGGCUGGGUAGAGGUCGAGAUCGCGCGUCCUCUUCGAGAUAUGGACCUCUUCACCUUCUACGAACCCCUCUGCGUGUGGAUCUGCCGGCCCUGCGAGAUGGGCGUCAACCCGCACUAG